AUGAUUGGCAAGCUGAUUGUAAUGUUCGCCAUCCUGGCGUUGGCAUUCGCGAGACCUCAGCUUUAUUCGGGUUACGGCUACAGUGGGUACUCUGGCAGCUAUCCUGGAUACUACGGAUAUUCCGGUUACGCGAAUCCUUACUCGUAUGGCAGUUAUGGAGCCUAUGGUGCUGCACCAUACAGCAACUUCGGUUAUGGAUACUAU